AUGAACCAGCUCCGUCUGGAGGCCGACGAGGCCGGCGAGAGGGUGGAGGAUCUCAAGGGCAAGGUCAAGACUCUGGAACAGGAGAACCUGUCCAAGGAACAGGAAAUCACGUCUCUCAACCACCGGAACCAGCUUUUGGAGGAUGAGGUCGAGAAGCUCGAGACUUCCCUCAAGGAGGCCAAGGACGCGGCCACCCAGAGUGCCCAGCACGACACACAGAACGAGUCUCUGCAGAGACGUCUGCAGGUCUUGGAGGAGGAGGCUGAGGAUGCGGAUCGGAACCUGCGGGAGACCAACGAGAAGCUCCGCCAAACCGACGUCAAGGCCGGCCACUACGAGCGCAAAGUCCAGGCCCUGGAAUCGUCCCGUGACCAGUGGGAGAGCAAGUACGAGGAGAUGGCCAAGAAGUACGCCGAGUUGCAGAAGGAGCUGCACGAUCUGGAGGUGUCUAUAAGCAAUGUCUAA